AUGGCCUCCUGCACAACUUCAUAUGCAUCCACCAAGGAGACAACAAAUUAUGCUCGUCUGUGUCGUCUUCUUGUGGAUGUAGGAUCCCAGGCACUGAGAAACACAUUUGAUAGUAUUCACCCACCGGCACGCCUACACGGAGUUGUUACAAAGCCUCCCGUACAUCCAAUACUGCAGGCACUUAAAAAGAAGAGAAUUCUCAAUCCCACGCAAUGGGCCAAGCUGUACCCCUCUACACCUUCAUCCGUAUCUUCAAAAGAUUUUGAUGUAACACUUCUCAUGUUGCUCUUAAGGAAUAUAUGUGGCUUGAUUCCUCCAACCACUGGUUGGGAUAAUCUCCCACCUGUUGCAGAUACGAGUGCUGAAGCCAACAUAGCAAGGGUUAAGUAUUAUAGGAACCAUGUCUAUGGACAUGCCAGCCAGGCAUCUGUGGAUGAUGCAACAUUUAAUACCUAUUGGCAGGAUAUAGGUGAUGCAUUGGUAGGACUGGGUGCAGAUGCUGCUGCUAUCAAUAGACUGAAGACUGAGAGUAUGGAUCCUGUCAUUGAGAAACACUACCAAGAAGUACUGGGGGAGUGGAAGAAAGAUGAUGAUAGCAGUAAAUACAGACUUGAUGAGAUUGAAGGUAACUUGAAAAGUCAGUAA